AUGUCUGGGUUUGACGACGACGAACGAAUCAAUGCAUUCGAAAAACGACAUGAUUCGACCAACACGAUUCGACCAGAGGUGAACGGACGAGUUCCCGCACCGCACCAGCCUCAGCCCCAACACCCCACCGUCAACACCUCCCUGCCUUCUACUCGAUCUAGCUCCGUUUCAUCGUCUCGAUCCAAGCUGUCGCAAUACUCUUACCUUGGACAACAGGAGGGUACUCCUCUCAACACCCGAGUGGCGAGCCCAUACACGCUCAACCCCCCCAUAGAUUUCGACGGCCUGUCGUGGCCUUCUGUCGGUGCUAGAGCUCGUCUUGAGCAGACUGAGGAGGAGGCCAAAGCCCGUGAAGGACGUAUUGCAGAUGCAGUCAAGACGAUUUUGACAGAGCUGGGAGAAGACCCAAACCGUGAAGGUCUCUUGGAGACGCCCGAGAGAUACGCCCGAGCCAUGCUGUUUUUCACAAAGGGCUACGAAGACAACGUCAAGGAUGUUAUCAAGCGGGCUGUUUUUGAAGAGGAUCAUGACGAAAUGGUCAUUGUUCGAGAUAUCGAAAUCUUCUCGUUGUGUGAGCACCAUCUUGUGCCCUUUUUCGGCAAGAUUCACAUUGGCUACAUCCCCAACUCGCGAGUUUUGGGUCUCAGUAAGCUUGCCCGUCUCGCAGAGAUGUUCUCUCGGCGACUGCAAGUUCAGGAGCGACUCACCAAGCAGGUGGCUAUGGCCUUGUGGGAGAUUCUGGAGCCCCAGGGAGUGGCAGUGGUGAUUGAAGCCUCCCACAUGUGUAUGGUAUCCCGAGGCGUGCAAAAGAGCGGUAGUAGCACGCUCACCAGUUGCAUGCUUGGCCGCUUCAGAGACGCCCAGAAGACUCGAGACGAAUUUUUGACACUCAUUGGAAAAAGAUAG